AUGGAGAAAGAUCAAGAAAAUCAGCCGGAUUCAAUGAUGGAGUAUGACCAAGAUUCACCUGGAGCUGAAAAGGUGGCGCCGAUGGAUGUUUUUGCCGACAAACCACUGCAGGAGAAGAACAAGUUUCCAAACAUGAAAAAAAGCACCGAGGAGGAGGAUAUGAAGGACGGAUCAAAAGUGAAGGAUCAUUGCUGUGUGGAGUGCAAAAAAAGAUUUAGCUCCGGCAAGGCAUUGGGAGGCCACAUAAGCAUGGCUCAUGUUCAGGCCAACAGAGAUUUCUCUCUCACGAGGCGGAAAUCGAAGAAGAAGCGGCUGAAGAAAUUUGUGGGCUCAAGUUCCCCUUCUGACUAUGGGGGAAAAAAUAUUUGUAAGAUCUGUUGGAAGGAUUUUCCAACAGAUAGGUCCUUAUUUGGGCACAUGAAAUGCCAUCCUAACAGGGCAUGGAGGGGGAUGGAGCCACCAGCUGAGGAUGCCAUGAAUUUUUCGGAGCCAGAAUUUGAGGCCAUGAAUAGGGUUCCUCCACAUGUUCUUGAUGGUGAUCAGAUUGAUUCAGGUCCUGUGGUGGCUUCUUCAGCGGCGGGUUUGAAUGAAUCUGUGAAGUGGCAGGUGACAGGUCAGCGCGGCCGGGCACCAACUAAGACAGUCAUUGAUUCACUGCCUCUUCCGAGUUCAGAAGAAAUUCUAGCAGUUCAACAGCUCGUAAGGCUUCUCGAUGGAGAUUCCAGAAAACCUAGUGAAGAUCUGGAUUCCACUAGCAACUAUUCUUGGAUUUCUGAGGAUGAAACUGAUGAUGUUAAUCCGGAUUUUCAAUUGAAUAAGAACAAAGAGAAGGUGUUUCCAGUCGGAGACGAAAGGGAUUCACCUGUUAAAAAGCCGAAAAUUUGGGAAAGAGCUGAUGAAACCCCAGGUGGUGCACAAGUCGGGAGAAUCCUUUACAACGUCAAAGGGAAGGGAAAACUGGAUCAUGGAUUUGAUAAUGAAUUUAGUACUAAUUGCUCUACGAUGAUCAAGGAAAAGACUGCAGAAGAGAAAAAAUCAGUGCGUCCAGAAUUACAACCGAAUUUCAGCCAUAUUGUACCGGCGGCCAAAUCUGUCCCUCCGGCAGCAACGGCUGACAAAUACAUUUUCAGCACUUAUAGAGAGAGUUUUUCAACACCUAUAGGACUGGGAGGGCAAAGAUCAAGCGACAAAGAAAUCAAAGUGGGAAUUUACAACCCCAGUGAUGAUCAGUCUUCAAAUGAAGCUUCUUAUGCUAAAGAUGAGCCAAAAAUCAAUGCCACCAAACAAUUGGAAGUAAACAAAGCUCUUGGAAUUCAGAACCAAUGCCAUUGCACUGGUGAGUGCAAUCAUCCUGAUCAUAUUACCUCUACAGAAGAAGCAAAAAAGAAGCAAAAAGUUCGCAGGUCCGCCCUUAAUGAGAUGCCUAACCAGGAUGGUAAAGAUGGGAAGGAGUCUGGUAAUGCACACAAUUUUAAGAAAUAUUAUGUUAUUGUUGAGAAUGUUAUGCAAGCCUGCUUACUGGUUUAUGUGAAUGGAACCGUAUCUUAG